AUGUCAAACAAAAGGCAGCACAGCGGGAAUCCGGCCACGCCAAGUAAACGCGCUCCGAGGCUUCAAGGCAUAAGCGUCCUCCACAUCCUCGGCUCCAACAAACCUGAUACACAAUCUUCUGGAGGAGCCAACCAAGAUACUCCGGGAAAAGUCGCCGAGGCUCUACUUUCGUUGGGUGGAAUCCAUUCUCCUCUCGAGAGAUCGGCCUUCUCCUGGGACUCCAUGGUAUUAAACGCUGUACAGGUCGCCACGAAUCCCUUCUGGCAGUUCCUUUCGUCGCCAUCGCAAGCUGUGCUAGAGCAGCUUAUACCAAUGCCAGACGAAGAAAACGAGGAUAGUGACGAUGAGGCAAAGCAGCAACUGGAGGUAUUGGAACACAUUGCACAAAAAAUCGACUGUGUGUUGAUUGCUUCCUGCGACUGGGACAAGACACCCGCAUUCUUUCUUCCUAUGGCAUACUGUCCCGGCAGUAUCACUGCCAUCAUCUCGCCACAGAUGGCUUUGAUGAACGAUCAGCAGCAGAAGCUGGUCAACGCCAAAAUACAUCACAUCGUUCUCUCCGGCGACAACUCUGGUGCCGUUGAUGGAGACGUGAUUAGACGCAUAUGUGAAGGCGAGUUCAGAGCAGUCUUUAUGUCGCCCGAGAUCAUUUUUGGCGACAGCCCUACUUCGAGGCUGGUACAAGGGCUUUGGCGAAAUACGCGCUGGCGGAACCUGUUGCUUGCUAUUGUGGUGGACGAGGUCCAUUGUGUUGAAAAAUGGGACAAGUUUCGCCCUGAAUAUGCUCGCCUCGGUGAGCUUCGCAUUUGGUCGCCUGGAGUUCCGUUUGUGGGUGUCACCACGACACUCGCUGCCGAUGCCCUCACUCAAACCAUGGACAAGCUCUUCCUGUCCAAGGUCAACGUUCUUCGUGUGCAAGAGAUUCCCACAAAUGUUCGUCUCGAGGUUCACACUCAGCCCAAGGAUGCCAUGGAGGGCCUUAAUCCCCUGUUAGGCAAAGACAAGACGAUUAUUUACUUCGAAAAAAUCUCCAUUCUCAUCGAUGUCUCUAAAUAUCUAUCGAGGAUGAGACCCGAUCUGGGUAGGAUAGGCGUUUACUUCUCCACCUUAAGAUCCCAAUACAAGGAGUCAGUCAUGACCAAGUUCGCGAAGGGUGACAUCCAUAUCCUGCUGGCUACCGAGGCUGCCGGCAUGGGUUGA